GAAUUAAGUCAUUCAAAGCGUACUACCCUUGGCUUUAGUCAUAUUUAUGUUGUUAAUCUUGAGUAUAGAAUAGAUAGACAUGAAAAAAUGGAAGUUUUAGGAAAGUAUCUUGGUUUGGAUUUAGAUUUUUUUAAGGCCGUUAGUAGACUUAGUAAAAGUAAUUUAACUGUAGGUGCUAAAGCUUGUUAUCUAAGUCACUAUAGAAUCUUCGAAUCAAUUGUUAAGAAUGGAUAUGAAAAUGCUUUAAUUCUUGAAGAUGACGUGGAUAUGGAAGUUAAUAUUACCGAUAUUAUGACUGAAGUUCAUCAUAAUUUACCUAAUGAUUGGGAUAUGUUGUACCUUGGUCAUUGUGAUGAGUGGGACAGCAAUUAUUUCAAAACCAAUUUAACCGUUCAUAUACUCCAUACAACGGGACAUCCAAAAUGUACACACGCUUAUGCCGUUUCAGCUAAAGGUGCCAAGAAGUUAAUAGAAAAACUUAAUAUAGAUAACCCAAAAGAUCAUCUUGAUAAG